AUGACUGCAGAACCAGCCCCACUUGCGCCACAUACAUCGGAGGGCCUUCCAGCCACUCCCGGCGAUGAGAACAAACCUGCCAUUUCAAAGGAGCUCACAACCCCAGAACAUGUCGCUCUGGAAAUAAAAGAUAAUUCCAAAAGCAUCCGAGCGUUUAUCCCCUGGUCAAAGAAAGCAUCUAAGAGGAUGGAGAGCGAUGCCGAGAACGCAAAGGCAGCGGAUAUACUCGUUCCUACGUCAUUCUUAUCGCUAUUCCGGUAUUCAACUCGCUUUGAGAUAAUAUUGAACAUUUUUGGUGUAUUCUGUGCUGUUGUUGCUGGCGCUUCCCAGCCUCUGAUGACUUUGAUAUUCGGCAACCUGACUCAAGAUUUCGUUACAUUUGGUUUAGCAGAGAACGAGUACUAUCAAUCGCUACAGUCUCAAGAUGAGAACGUGAUUGAACAGGCGCAGGCGACAUUGGAUGCUGCUGCAUCCUCGUUCCGUCACAGCGCUAAUCUGGAUGCUUCUUAUCUCGUUUAUAUUGGUGAGCCACCUGAACUCGUACCAGGUAUCGCAAUGUUUAUUUCCACGUACCUGUACAUGUACACCUGGGUUUAUACUUCAGAGGUUAAUGGGAAAAGAAUACGAGAGAGGUAUCUUCAGGCCAUCCUUAGGCAGGAAAUCGCCUAUUUUGAUGAUAUUGGGGCUGGAGAAGUUGCGACACGCAUUCAAACCGACACUCAUUUGGUACAACUGGGGAUAUCUGAAAAAGUCACCCUUGCAGUCACUUUCGUCAGCGCAUUCUUCGUUGGCUUUAUCCUUGCAUUUUCCCGGUCAUGGCGUCUAGCUCUUGCAUUGUCAUCCAUCCUUCCGUGCAUCGCAAUCAUAGGUGGUAUCAUGAAUAAGUUUGUGUCCAAAUACACGCAAUUGUCUUUGAAGCAUGUUGCCGAGGCAGGUAGUCUUGCAGAAGAGGUCAUAUCUACGGUUCGCACCGCGCAGGCUUUCGGGACCCAGAAAGUUUUGUCUGGAAUAUAUGAUACUAACGUCGAUGCAUCUCGCGUUGUUGACACCAAAGCCAGUAUUUGGCAAGGUGCAGGUUUAGGCUCCCUCUUCUUCGUGAUCUACGCUGCAUAUUCGCUGGCGUUCGAUUUUGGAACUACCCUCAUAAAUGAGGGCCAGGCUAAUGCUGGACAGGUUGUCAAUGUCUUCAUGGCCAUCUUAAUCGGAUCAUUCUCUCUCGCCCUACUCGCCCCUGAAUUGCAAGCCAUUACGCGUGCUUGUGGUGCUGCUGCCAAACUCUUCGCUACGAUCGAGCGUGUUCCUGUUAUCGACUCUGCAAGCCUAGGAGGACUAAAGCCUGAAAAUAUCACUGGCGAGAUUACUUUUGAGGACGUCACAUUCAACUAUCCAUCUCGGCCAGAUGUCCCAAUUCUCAAAGGCAUCAACAUCACCUUUCCGGCUGGCAAGACCACUGCUCUCGUUGGUGCAUCCGGAUCUGGUAAAUCUACGAUUGUAUCUCUCACGGAACGUUUCUACGAUCCGCUCAGUGGCUCUGUCAUGCUUGACGGAACUGACUUGCGGGAGUUGAAUAUCAAAUGGUUACGCUCUCAGAUUGGUCUAGUCUCACAAGAGCCUGUACUUUUCGCGACAACUGUCAAGGGCAACGUCGCGCAUGGUCUCAUUGGCACAUCAUACGAGGAUGCAUCUGACGAGGAAAAGUUUCGGCUCAUCAAGGUAGCUUGUAUCAAGUCUAAUGCAGAUAGCUUUGUUAGCCAAUUGCCACAAGGAUAUGACACUAUGGUUGGUGAGCGAGGUUUUUUGUUAUCAGGAGGGCAAAAACAGCGCAUCGCCAUUGCACGAGCUAUCGUGUCAGAUCCGCGGAUUUUGCUCCUUGAUGAAGCAACGAGCGCCCUCGAUACUCGUUCGGAAGGGAUUGUACAAGAUGCUCUAGACAAGGCAUCUACGGGUCGAACUACUGUCGCCAUUGCCCAUCGCCUGUCAACGAUCAAAGAUGCUGACUGCAUAAUUGUAAUGGGCGAGGGGCUCGUACUGGAGCGAGGAACUCAUGCAGAACUCCUAGCAGACGAAAAUGGCGCGUACCAUCGUCUUGUCACAGCUCAAACUCUCCGCGAGGGUCAUGAAGAUCCUGAUACAGUGAUAUCAAGUGAUGAGAAAGGUUCGGAGAAGCCUAGGUCAGAUGACCUCGAUGUCAAGAGCACCAUUCGCUCCAUCGAUGUCGUCAAUCAACCAAAGGAGAAAGUUGGGGACCAGACUGCAGAGGAAGACUAUGGUCUAUUCUAUUUGAUGAGACGAAUUGGUGGUCUUCACCGCGAAGGACUUCACCGAUACUUGAUUGGAUCUUUCUUUGCCAUAUGCAGUGGUGCCGCUUAUCCUGCCUCUGGUAUAAUCUAUGGGCUCUCGAUCUCCGGCUUUUCUGCCACCACAAAUUCUGAGCGCCGCUACCAAGGCGAUCGGAAUGCUCUCUGGUUUUUCAUUCUUGCUAUUCUAUACGGCUGCUGUGUUGGUUUCCAGACCUAUUUUUUUGCUUCCUCUGCUGCUGUUCUGACAGCCAAGCUCCGUUCAAUGAGUUUCAAAGCCAUCCUCCGACAAGACAUCGAGUACUUCGACAACGACAAGAAUAGUACUGGCGCUCUGACGUCAAGCUUGAGCGAAAACCCCCAGAAGAUCAAUGGUCUCGUUGGUGUAACUCUGGGAACUAUUGUCCAAUCUAUCACAACUAUACUUGCUGGUUUGGCCAUAGGCUUUGCAUAUGCUUGGAAGCUGGCUCUUGUCGGCAUGGCAUGUCUCCCUGUCCUGGUGUCCGCUGGCUUCAUACGCUUGCAAGUCGUUGUUCUGAAAGAUAAGAAUAACAAGUCAGAGCAUGAAAACUCUGCUCAGAUUGCCUGCGAAGCUGCUGCGGCUAUUCGCACUGUUGCAUCAUUGACCCGAGAAGAGCACUGCCUCAGUCUUUACAGACAGAGCUUGGAAGGGCCUCUUAGAAAAUCCAUCGGGACAGCGCUCUGGAGCAACAUGCUGUUCGCACUCUCUCAGGGCAUGGCAUUCUGGGUAAUUGCUCUAGUUUUCUGGUAUGGCGCGACGCUCGUUUCGCAGCUGGAGAUUUCAACGCAAUCAUUCUUUAUUGCUUUGAUGAGUACCGUAUUUGGCGCAAUGCAGGCCGGUAAUGUCUUUGCUUUUGUGCCCGACAUCUCAUCAGCCAAAGGGGCCGCCAACGCAAUCAUCAGGCUUCUCGAUUCAACUCCUACGAUUGAUGCAGAGUCAACUGAAGGCAAAAGUGUUCCGAGCCAACAUAUCAAAGGCCGCAUACAGCUGGACAACGUUCAUUUCAGUUAUCCUACCCGUCCCGGAUUCCGGGUUCUUCGUGGCAUCUCGCUUAUCGUCGAACCUGGAACUUAUGUUGCCCUAGUCGGCUCUAGCGGUUGCGGUAAAAGCACAGUGCAAUUACUAGAGCGUUUCUACGAUCCACUUUCUGGACAGAUAUCGCUUGAUGGGGAGAUCAUCGGUGAAUUUAACGUCCAGGCAUAUCGACAACAGUUUUCACUUGUAUCGCAAGAGCCUACCUUGUACGCGGGAACUAUCCACUUCAAUAUCUUGCUCGGUGCCUCCAAACCAGAAUCUGAGGUCACACAAGAAGAGAUUGAGGCUGCCUGCCGUGAUGCCAAUAUACUAGAGUUUAUUCAAUCACUUCCAGAUGGGUUCGAUACUCAAGUCGGUGGCAAGGGAUCCCAGCUUUCGGGGGGUCAAAAACAACGUAUAGCAAUCGCUCGCGCACUGCUUCGGAACCCAAAGGUUCUUCUGCUCGACGAAGCCACAUCAGCUCUCGAUUCAAACUCAGAGAAGGUCGUGCAAGAUGCUCUUGAUAAAGCUGCUAAAGGUCGGACCACGAUUGCUAUCGCCCACCGCCUUUCGACUAUCCAGAACGCUGAUUGCAUACAUUUCAUCAAGGAAGGCAGAGUCAGCGAAUCUGGGACCCACGAUGAGCUUCUUGCGCAGAGAGGAGAUUACUACGAGUUCGUACAGCUGCAAGCACUCAGCAAGAAGUAG